AUGAGCUCAACUUCUGACACACGGUCCCCCCCUCGUCUCGCCGGCCACUCUGACCCCUGGUUUGGAAGACGGGUGUGUGCCGAGGCGUUGACCGCCUGCUUGUGCCUUCAUCUCCUCGGAGGCAUGGUCCCCCCUACUCUGGGCCCACCCACGGCCUCCCUGGGUCGCCUAGGGCUUCCCUCACCAAGACCCCCAUCUCACGAUCACUGCUAUCUGGGACCCCUGCCCACCCUACCACAUGGGGACAGAGACCUGGGAGCUGGGCCUCCCUCACCCUCUGUGACUCCCACCCUCAUCAAUCUCCUGCCCCUGCUGGCUGCCCCCCCACUGCCCCCCUGCACAGAAGCAAGAUGGAAUCAGUGGCUCUUAGAGUUUAAAAAAAAAAAAAGACAAAUCAUAAAUCAGAGUAAAGUUCCAACUAGCACCCCAGCCAAUAGCAUGGGGGCUUGGGAUCUGGCCUUUUAA